CAGGGAGCAACAAAAUAAUCCCAUUUACACGCUUCCUCGAGCGGCAGCGAUGGUGUAAAGCAUAUUGACACGCAUUGAUGGCAGCGCUCGCAACAAUGCAACCACUCAAACGCCCAAAAAUAGCCGAGGACUCAACCUGCGUGACCCUCGCCUGCUCUCUCCUCGAGGACCUGAGCAGUGCGGAUGCCGUGUCGAGGCGCUGGCGCGCUGCGUUGUCCGACGAGGCGCUCUGGCGACGGCACGUCAUCGCGCGAGCGCAGCGACGAUCACGCGACGACGACGACGUCGAGCCGUUGGUCCGCUGGCGCGGCAGCUGGCGCGCGACGGCGCUCGCGCGUGCGACGGCGCUCGCGUCAAGAGACGACUGCUGUGACGAUGCCAGCGAAAGCGAGACCACGGACGAUGACGCUGCGGCGAUCGUCGGCGACGCGUGCCAGCGACGCUGCGCCAAGGCCGCGCGGCCCGCACGCCUCGCCGCCGCCUUCGUGCCGCCACCAGACACGUGGGCCGUCGCCGCGCUGGCCAAACGGCGGCCAAAUCGGCGGCUCCGCUGCGUCGCGCAGGGCGAGCCCUCCGACGUGACGAUGCUCGCUCAGGAUUAUGCGGCCUACGUGCGUCGGAACGCGGAUGCGGAGCCGUUGAUGGUCAUCGACGACCGCGUGCCGCAAGACGGGACGUGCACCGCCUACCCGGCGGUGGCGCCCAUCGUCGCGGGAGACCAUCUCGCCGAGCUGGCGCGCCGCGACGACGUCGAGCCCGCCGCCGCGGCCGACCUACAACGCGAGCGCAAGUACGUGCUCUGGGGCGGCGGGGGCGCCGGCAGCCGCUGGCACGUCGACCCCUACGGCACGGACGCCUGGAACGCGCUCCUGGCCGGCCGGAAGCGCUGGGCGUUCUAUCCGCCCGGUGCGACGCCGCCGGGCGUUGACAUCGUCCCGCGCUUCGUGUCCGCGUCGCGGACGCUCUGGACGACGACGCCCGCGGCGGCGGACUGGUUCGCUCGGGAACAUGGCGCCCAGAUCGUGACUCAGGAGGCGGGCGACGUUGUUUAUAUUCCUGCCGGCUGGUGGCACGCGACGCUCUGCGAGACUGCUUGCGUCGCGAUCACGCAGAACGUGAUCUUCGCGCACAACGCCCGCGCGGCCCACGCGCUGAUGGCGCGGUCGAAGCCGUCCCUCGCCCGCGAGCUCGCGGCACUCGUCCGCCGGCGCCGCGCCGACGACUGA